GCGGGAGCCUGAGGGAGCCGCGCCGGGAACAGCCCGGGAACCCCCCGGGAGCAGCGCCGGCAUGCCGGGGACCGCCCCGCGAGUUGCAGUUUCCCCAAGAGUCCAGCCUCGGGUGUAAAGCCUUGACUGUAGUCCCUGCUGUUGCCUUCCUCUGCCACCUUGAGCAAGAUUAUUUGGAUUCAGCAAAAGUCUUGGGCAUAUUACUGAAUACAGGCAUUUUUGCCUGUUUGUGAUAGACUCUUCUUUCUAUUCCUGGAGAAAGACAUUGUGAAUAGUUGUGAACAUGAUCCGCAUUGCAGCGCUGAACGCGAGCUCCACGGUUGAGGAUGACUAUGAAGGUACCUUCAAAAGCCACAAAACACAGACCAAGGAAGCUCAGGAAGCAGAAGCUUUUGCUUUGUACCACAAAGCUCUGGACCUUCAGAAACAUGACAGAUUUGAGGAGUCUGCUAAAGCUUAUCAUGAGCUACUUGAGAUUCGUCUCCUGAGAGAGGCCGUUCUUUCUGGUGAUGAGAAAGAAGGGCUGAAGCACCCGGGUUUGAUGUUAAAAUACUCCACCUAUAAAAACCUGGCACAACUGGCAGCACAGCGGGAUGACUUAGAGACAGCCAUGGAGUUCUAUCUGGAGGCUGUAAUGCUGGACUCCACUGAUGUGAAUCUCUGGUAUAAAAUCGGUCGUGUGGCGAUAAAGCUGAUCCGCCUGCCCUUGGCUCGUCACGCUUUUGAGGAAGGGCUCAGGUGCAAUCCUGAUCACUGGCCUUGUUUGGAUAACCUUAUCACAAUUUUGUAUACACUCAGUGACUACACAACAUGUUUGUACUUUAUCUGCAAAGCUCUGGAAAAAGAUUGUCUGUAUAGCAAAGGAUUGGUUCUGAAGGAGAAGAUCUUUGAGGAGCAGCCUUGCCUCCAGAAAGAUUCCUUAAGGAUGUUUCUCAAAUGUGACAUGUCUAUCCAUAAUGUGACUGUGGGUGCAGCUGAAGCAGGGAGGAUCAUAAGUGAGGCACUGGAGCUCCGUAAGAAGAGACAGGCGCUGCUGGUGCGUGACAGGGAGCCAGACCUCAGGCUGGUGCAGCCAAUUCCCUUUUUCACGUGGAAGUGUUUGGGAGAAGCCUUGCUUGCCAUGUAUCAGCACCUCACAACGUGUGAUCCUCCUCGCCCCAGUCUGGGAAAGAGAAUUGAUCUCUCAGAGUACAGAGACCCAGUUCAACAUUUGAUGCUUUCUCCCACCUCUACUCCUGUCAGUGUUAUUCAGGCAACUCCUGUCAGCACUAAUCCAGUGGUGACAGUGCCAGAUCCUGUGUUACCUUACACUCCAACCACACCCAACUUCCCAAGUCACAGCCAGAGUUCAUUGGAGCCAGGAGCUGCUGUAGGUGAGCAAGGUGACAUAUCUGCAGGUGAUAAAUCUAAGAAAGGAGUGAAGAGAAGAAGAAUUACAGAAGACAGUGGAGAAACAGCCAAAAGGAGAUCUGCCAGAGUUCGGAACACCAAGUGUAAGAAAGAGGAGAAGGUUGACUUUCAGGAGCUGUUGGUGAAAUUCCUUCCUUCCAGAUUAAGGAAAUUGGACCCUGAGGAGGAGGAGGACCCUUUCAAUAACUAUGAGGUGCAAUCAGAGAUCAAAGAGGAGAAUUUUCAGCAUGUUGGACCACACAGAAUGUCAUUUGAUUCUACAACAUUUAUGGAGUCUGAAAAACAGGAUGUUCAUGAAUUCCUGCUGGAUAACCUGAACAAUGGUGGGAUCUUGGAGCUGAUGAUGAGAUACCUGAAAGUCAUCAGCCAGAAGUUCCUGGUGAAGUGGCCUCCUGGUUUGUGUGAGGUGGUGCUCAGCAUCUACAACAGCUGGAGGAAGCACAGCAGCAGCCUCCCCAACCCACUCCUGAGGGACUCAAGCAAUCAACACAUCAAGGAUAUGAUGAUAAUGAGCCUUUCUUGCAUGGAGCUGCAAUUAGAUCAGUGGCUACUGACAAAAGGGAAGAGUUCUACAGUUUCUCCAAGAAAUUGUCCUGCUGCCUCUGUGAAUGGCAAGUUUGGUCCUGACUUCCCAGGAACCCAUUUUCUGGGAGACCUGCUGCAGCUGUCCUUUGCAUCCUCACAGCGAGAUUUGUUUGAGGAAGGCUGGAUGGAGUUUGUCACUCGAGUCUAUUGGCUCAAGGCUCGGUUCCUGGCACUGCAGGGAGACAUGGAACAGGCACUUGAGAACUAUGAUAUCUGCACUGAGAUGCUGCAGAGCUCCAGCAGCAGCCAGGCUGAGGCUGGCAGUGAGAGCAGCACCGUGAUCCGCCUGCCCAACCUGCAUGUGGAUUCUGUGGUGUCUUUAGAGGAGAUUGAAAAGAACCUAAAAUCUCUGGAGAGAUGCCAGUCUUUGGAAGAGAUCCAGCGACUCUAUGAGGCAGGGGACUACAAUGCUGUGGUGCAUCUGCUCAGGCCAACCUUGUGCUUCAAUGGUUAUGGCAGAGCCAAACACCUGGAGUUUGUCACAUCCAUACCUGAGAGACCAGCUCAGCUGCUUCUCCUCCAGGACUCCCUGCUCAAACUGAAAGACUACAAGCAAUGCUUUGAAUGCUCAGAUGUUGCCUUGAAUGAAGCAAUUCAGCAGAUGAUUAACAUGACAGCAGCCUCUGCUAAAGAGGAGUGGGUUGCUACGGUAACACAGCUGCUGACAGGAAUAGACACUUCAUUAUCCUCAGUUAACAGCAUCCUGAAAGACUCCUCUGUCACACCGAGCCUGGUUCGAUUAACAAACAACCUGAUCCAGAUCAUAGACUGCAGCAUGGCUGUCCAGGAGGAACCAAAGGAGCCCUAUGUGUCCUCAGUGCUGCCAUGGAUUAUCCUGCACAGGAUCAUCCAGCAUGAGGAAGAUGCUUUUCGAUCCCUUUGCUGCCAGCAGCAGCAGAACCAGGGAGAAGAAGUGAGUCCUGAUACUCCUAUGUUGCCUUCUUCACUUAUGCUGCUGAACACAGCUCAUGAGUAUUUGGGAAGAAGAUCCUGGUGUUGCAAUUCAGAUGGUGCUCUGCUCAAGUUUUAUGUUCAGGUACUACAGAAAGAACUUGCAGCUUCCACUUCUGAGGAUACUCAUCCAUACAAAGAGGAGCUGGAAACAGCCUUGGAGCAAUGUUUUUAUUGUUUAUAUGGUUUCCCUAGCAAAAAAAGCAAAGCAAGGUACCUAGAAGAACAUUCAGUACAGCAGGUUGAUCUGACAUGGGAAGAUGCUUUGUUCAUGUUUGAGUAUUUUAAGCCUAAAACUCUUCCAGAAUUUGAUAGUUACAAAACCAGUACUGUGUCUGCUGAUUUGGCCAACCUUCUGAAGAAAACUGCCACAAUUGUUCCUCGAACUGACAAGCCUAUGCUGAGCCUGGAGACUGUAUCUGCCUAUAUUGAAGGAACAUCCAGCAAGGCACCAUCUCUCCCUGAGGGUGCAGACUACUCUCCACCAGUGGUGACUGAGCUCUAUUAUCUCCUGGCAGAUUAUCAUUUCAAGAACAAAGAACAGUCCAAGGCCAUUAAAUUUUACAUGCACGACAUUUGUAUUUGUCCAAACAGGUUUGACUCCUGGGCUGGGAUGGCUCUGGCUCGAGCGAGCCGCAUUCAGGACAAGCUGAACUCCAACGAGCUGAAGAGUGAUGGCCCCAUCUGGAAACAUUCCACCCCUGUCCUGAACUGCUUCAAACGGGCCCUGGAGAUCGACAGCUCCAACCUGUCCCUGUGGAUCGAGUACGGCACCAUUUCCUACGCCCUGCAUUCCUUCGCGUCCCGGCAGCUCAAGCAGUGGAAAACAGAACUUCCCCCUGAAGUGGUCAAGCAGAUGGAGGAGCGCAGGGACAGCAUGCUGGAGACAGCCAAGCUGUGCUUCACGUCCGCGGCGCGCUGCGAGGGCGACGGCGACGAGGAGGAGUGGCUCAUCCACUACAUGCUGGGCAAGAUAGCUGAGAAACAGAAGCAGCCUCCUGUGGUCUACCUGCUGCACUACAAACAGGCAGGGCACUACCUGCACGAGGAGGCUGCGCGAUACCCAAAGAAGAUUCACUACCACAACCCACCAGAACUGGCCAUGGAAGCCUUGGAGGUGUAUUUUCGACUUCAUGCUUCUAUUUUGAAACUUGUGGGGAAGCCAGACUCUGGAGUAGAUGCAGAGGUACUUGUUAGUUUCAUGAAAGAAGCUUCUGAGGGACCCUUUGCCAGGGGUGAGGAGAAGAACACCCCAAAAGUUGCAGAAAAAGAAAAGCCUUGCUUGAUAGAUGAAGACUCUCACUCCUCAGCUGGAACAGUGCCAGGCCCUGGGACUUCCCUCCCCUCGUCCUCAGGUCCAGGUCUGACAUCCCCACCUUACACAGCCACUCCAGUUGACCACGAUUACGUCAAAUGUAAAAAACCCCGCCAGCAGGCAACGCCGGACGGUACAGUCCUGUUCUCAUUCUGCAGCAGGGAGUGCUCUCAGCUCUGCAUGGGGGGCUUGAGCAGUUCCAGCCAACUGCUCAGCGAGGAGAGAAGUCAGGAUAGCACGGGAGCAGUGCUGUCUGACUCCAGCUCCACACAGGACAUGUUCAAUGAGCCUGCCAGCUCUCAGGACAGCCUGAAGAAGACUUACACAGAGAAGAGGAUUUCUGCUACCUGUGCUGAUACACUGGUGCUCAAAGAGACCCUGGGAUCUGCAGAGGAAAAGGGAAAAUCAGAGGAGCUGCUGGAGAUCUCAGUGUCUUAUGAUCCCACUGAGCCUACUGCCCAGAAACUGCUGCUGGACCCUCAGUGUGCUCCUGGCAGUGCCCCCAGAGCUGCCAUGGCCCCAGGCUCCCAGUGGGACUGCAAGAAGAAGGCUGAGCCCUGUGCAGAGGAUGCCUGCGAGUUCCCCCAGGGCCUCCCCGCAGACCUGGAGGAGCAGCGCAAGUUCCUGACGGAGCAGUGCAUCUCCUCCUUCUGCCUGUGCCUCAGCCGCUUCCCCCAGCACUACAAGAGCCUCUACAGGCUGGCCUACCUCUACACCUACAGCAAAACUCACAAGAACCUGCAGUGGGCCCGGGACGUGCUGCUGGGCAGUGGGGUGCCCUGGCAGCAGCUGAAGCACAUGCCUGCACAGGGCCUCUUCUGUGAGAGGAACAAGACCAACUUCUUCAAUGGCAUCUGGCGCAUCCCCGUGGAUGAGAUCGACCGGCCGGGCAGUUUCGCGUCUCAUAUGAACCGCUCCAUCGUGCUGCUGCUCAACGUGCUCUCCCAGCUGAGGGACUACAGCACCCUGCUCAAGGUCUCCUCCAUGCUGCAGAGGACCCCUGAUCAGGGAAAGAAGUACCUGCGUGAUGCCGAUCGCCAGGUGCUGGCCCAGCAAGCCUUUGUGCUCACAGUGAAGGUGCUGGAGGACACCCUCAACGAUCUCACACAGGUUUCAGAAGAUCAGGGUUCCAAGUCUUCUAGCCUUGCUUCAGGAAGGAUGACAACAGACGUGUCCAAUAAAAGCAGUGCAGAAGAGGGGAAAGAUGUGCUCCCCAAAAAGGCAGCUCUGUCAGAUGGAGCAGUGCAUGGUACUGAGAAUGGAGUGAAGGAAGCCACCCAGGGACAAAUCCCCCAUGCUAUGGACAUAUUGGAACAGGAGGACAGGAGUGACAAGGAGAUUAAAGAGCUUCCUGGCCCUGGUUCAGCUGAGCCCAUGGAUCUUGAUGGCUUUUCCAAUGACCCUGACAAAAUUGAUUCUUGCUGUAAGCGCGGCGAGCCGGAGCGGCUGCAGCCCGGCCGGAGCUCCAAGGACAGGGCUCCCGAGAGCAGGACUCCAGAACUUUCCUUGGAGGAGCUCAGCAUCAGCUCAAAACACCAGCAGCAGGCAGCUAAAGGAACAAUUCCAGCAGUACCUACAGAAGAACCUGUCCAGAGGUCAAGCAGGAAGAGGAAAUUACUUGAGGAUGUGGAGUCUGGAAAAACACUUCUGCUCGAUGCUUACCGAGUGUGGCAGCAGGGCCAGAAAGUCAUGGCCUAUGACCUGGGCAAAAUUGAGAAGAUCAUGUCUGAAACAUACAUGCUGAUUAAGCAGGUGGAUGAAGAAGCAGCACUUGAACAGGCAGUCAAGUUUUGCCAGGUGCAUAUGGGAGCAUCAGCACAGAAACAGGCCUCAGGAGAAGCGCCCACAACCCCAAAGCACCCGAAGGACACCCGGGACAGCUUCUUCCCUGUAGCCCCAGCCACACUGCAUCCCACCCCAGUGAAUCCAGACACUGUGACUCCUGAAAACCUCCUGAGACUGACCGAGCUGCACUCCAAACCCAAGCCAGCCUCUUCCUCUUCAUCCUCCUCGUCCUCGGCGUGCUCGGUGCCGCCCGCGCCGGAGCCGCAGCGGGAGCCGGAGCAGCCCCGGGGCCCGGGCACAGAGGCUGCCCCCAGCAUGGGGGAUGCUGCUGCUCCUGAGGAAGAAGAGCUUGAAGUGCCUUUGGAGGGGCUUGGAUUCCAGCAGCAGGAGUCCCGGCUUUGUCAGCAGAUGAAAAUGGCAACGGUCGCGCCACCGCCAGAGCCUGUGUGCUGGCACGUGGAGCCCGUGCCCAGCACAAAUUCAGGACAUGUUUGUACCCCAGCCUCCAGUUCCAAGCCUGAACUCAGCUCCAGUUCACAGACUUUGGGAAGUCAGCAGAACAAGACAGAUGGCACCCGAGUAAAAACUCGCAUUCUGCCCAACAUGCCAAAGCUUUUCAUACCUUCAUCUGUCACCAAAUUUCCACCUGAGAUCACUGUCACUCCACCCACUCCCACCCUCCUUUCUCCAAAGGGCAGCAUUUCAGAAGAGACCAAGCAAAAAUUAAAGUCUGCUAUUUUGUCUGCUCAGUCUGCAGCGAAUGUAAAGAAGGAGAGCCUUUGUCAGCCAGCUUUGGAAAUCUUAGAGACCUCAAGCCAGGAGUCCUCACUGGAAAGUGAUACUGAUGAAGAUGAUGACUACAUGGACAUAUGAAUGAAUUCUGGCCAUCAUCAACACCAACCACAUAACCAUUCUUCCUGUUGCCAGCAUCUCUGGAAGUUGAAACAUCUUCAUUGGCAUUACUCCCCAUUUAAUUGGCAUCAUUGUGUUCUUCACUUUCAUUCCCUUUGUUAUCACCACAGCCACUUGUAUUGCCUUCAGACUCUUGGCCAUUCUCCCCAUCAUGGUGCUUGACAGAAAGAAUGAUUGGUUGUUUACCAGGCACCUGGUAAACCUGGAUCACACUGUCACCAGGAACUUCAGUAGACACAAGGAUGUUUUGAGCUGCAGUUCUUCUCUCUCUACUGUUCCUGCUUCUCCAAACCAGAGCCUUGGGAGUUGCUCCAGUAGCUCUUUCCUUUAGUGUUUUCCUCCUUUUAGUUGUCUUGUAUUUUCCCCCUCUAGCUAAGUUUUUCUCCCAGUAAUUCAGCAACCUGAUGUCUGUCUAACCAUGCCAUGAUUAAUCCCACAGCUCCUUCUAAGGUGAAUGGAGUAGGAAAAAUUUGCUGAGCUGGUAGAGAUUUUAUUUGCAUCAAGAAAAUCUGUGGCUUUGUCAUGGGGCAAGGAGGGUGAGCUGAGGGUCUGUCAGCUCCUUCACACUGCUGAGGGCUUGGUUGGAAUUUGACUCUUUCAAAUAGACAAAAGAACCAGCUUUUCCAGGCAGACAGAGAGGGUCGUCUCCUGUUUGUGCUCAUUUCACACCAAUGUAUGAGGUCCAGCAAAAUUUAUCUACCUGAAUGUUGGCUUAAAGAACUGAUCUUUCCAGAAUUGUCUUACAGUCCUUUCUCUUCUAAUGCCUUGGACAAGCAUUUUGAAUUGGGGGCUAGAUGAUAUUUUUAUGGUGGUAUUGAAAAAAAAAAAAAAACUUGAAAGAUUUCAGUACCAUUUCAGUAAUGUCUGUUUUUUACAGAAUGACACGAAAAGGUGUUUUUUAUCUAUCUGCAGAGGGACUGCUCACAGUUAUUUAUAUGAGAAAAUAAUGGUAACAAAAAUCCUUUUCUUUUUUUUCUACUGAAUGUUAACUUUGUAAAAUAAUGAAUGCAAACCAUGCAAAAAAAAGACGUCACACACUAUAUAUACACUGCGUGCUCCCACACACAUAUAUAUAUGUGUAUGUACAUAUAUAUAUGUCUGUACAUGAAAACAGAAACUGCAUUCAGCUUGCAAUGUCGGGUUUCUUUGUGUUUGGGGGGUUGGUUUUCUGUAAAAUGCAGAGCUUUGUAUAAACUUUUGGGUUUCUUUUCUAAUAAAGUUGAAAUGCAC